UGGAAAGGGGGGUCACUGCCAGACAGGUGGGAUACCAUCAUGGGAGGCGGCUGGGGAUGUGCUGACUGAGCAGGGCCAAACAAAGCGACUAAAGCGUCCAGACAAUCCUGGUCCCGACCCAGACCGUCCUGGCACACAGAAAGGCCAGCUCAGUCAGUGACGAGCCCAGUCCUGGAGCCGUUGAAAAGAUAAUUCCCCCCUCGCAGACCACAUGCGGCAUGGGGCCACUUGUGAGCGCUGACAAAGCAAGAUCAAGCAGAAAGGAUAUGAGUGGGAAACUUCAAAACCUGCUCAUGUUUCUGGGCCCGUGAAAGGAUUUGUAUAACACAUUCACUUUUGAUGGACUUUCCCAUGUUCCCCCAGACAGCUCUUUUGCUGCCGACGCGUCCAAAUAAUGAAUCUCUUAUGCUACAUUUUUUUCCUCCGAGCAAGGCCGUGUUUCUAGUGGUUUUGCCGGGAUGCUGGGUAAUCCAGUCAGUCUUGCGUCGCAGCAGAGAACAGAUGGAGUACCGCUGAUUCAACAGCUGCCAGGGAAACAGAAAAAGAAGCAUUUUCUGAUGAAUCCAAAGAAAUUGCUCAUACAUUGUCUUCCUCAGGCACUGAAAUGGAACGUUUGUGUGUGAUUCUUUUGCUUGCAUGUAAAACUUUCAUAGUGGAUGCGCAAUUCAAUGGGUUCAACUGUGAUGCCAACUUCCACAGCCGCUUCCCCGCCGAGCGGGACAUCAGCGUGUAUUGUGGAGUGCAAACCAUAACGCUGAAGAUUAAUUUUUGUCCGGUGCUUUUUUCUGGCUACAUCGACACUGACCUGGCAUUGAACGGGCAUCACAGCGAUGCCCACUGCCGAGGGUUCAUCAACAACAACACGUUCCCAACAGUCGUGCUGUUCAGCAUCAGUCUCAGCACGCUGGAGGCUUGCGGAAACUCACUUGUGGUCUCCACGGCCCAGGGGCCCAACGCCUAUGGGAAUCUCUCCUUUGUCCAAAUUGGGAAUAUAGCAGGAUACAUUGACACUCCGGAUCCCCCGACGGUCAUCAGCUACCUACCUGGACUUCUUUACAAGUUCAGUUGUAGUUACCCUCUGGAAUACCUGGUCAACAACACACAGCUUGCUUCGUCGGCUGCAGCGAUAUCAGUGAAGGACAGCAAUGGCACGUUUGUGAGCACGCUGAAUUUACUUCUAUACAACGAUUCCUCAUACGUCAAUCAUCUUGCCAUCCCAGUAUCUGGACUUACUCUGAAGACGCGAGUGUUUGCUGCAGUAAAAGCCACCAACCUAGAUAGGAGGUGGAAUGUUCUGAUGGACUACUGUUACACAACUCCAUCUGGGAAUCCUAAUGAUGAGCUCCGAUACGACCUUUUCUUUGGAUGUGAUAAGGACCAGCAGACAACAGUGUUUGAGAAUGGGAAGAGCCAGAUGGGCCGCUUCUCUUUCGAGGUGUUCCGCUUUGUCAAGCACAAGAACCAGAAAAUGUCCACUGUCUUUCUGCACUGCGUGACCAAGCUGUGUCGCUCUGACGACUGUCCCCUGCUCUUUCCUAUCUGUGGUAAGAGGAAGAAAAGGAAUGUGCCGGAAAGAACUGCCGUGGCUUCUGACAGUGCAGUCAUGACGGCCGGGCCCAUCAUCACCCGAAUUGAUGAAACUCCCAGCAAUAAUUCCCAACUAGCACUGUUAAACAGCCCUCCAUUCAAAAUGAAUUCAGCAACGAGUGCCUUGAUUUCUGCCAGUGCAAUCCUCGCCGUUAUGAGCACAUGUUUCUUCAUCCUGUCUAUGUCACUGCUAAGAGGGAAAUAUACGCCACCAACACCUCUAUCAGGAACUCACAACCCAACGUUCAGUUAAACACACACGGCUUUUCAGUCAGCUAAACAAUACAACAAUAUCUGUGUAAGGAGCUCUUCAGGUAACACAGUCAUACAGUACAGGGAAAUAAUAUCAUAAUAUCACUCUACACAGCCUUUAGCUAAACACAGCUGCCUAUUUUUGGUCACAAAGCAUCAAUACAGAUACUCUCAUCAUCACUGUUCUAGA